AUGGAGGACCUUUCAGCGACACUGAAGCGUUGGGACGAAUUAGCGGGAGACAUUAAACAAGGAGGCAACACCGAGCUGGGAGGCGCAGAUGACCCGCCAACGGAUGUACUGGUAGUGAGUGCAGCUGUUGACUUCUGGCUAACGAUGGACCUGGCGAAGAUCGGAGGGGAUCCCGUUCGCGAAGACGCAGUUCGCGUAGACCCGGUUCGCGUGGACCCGCUUCGCGUGGACCCAGUUCGCGUGGACCCAGUUCGCGAGGGCUUGGACAAAUUCUCGGUCUUGGCCAAUCGACUGGCCGUCAACCGACUGACAGGUGACGAACCGGUGACCGGUAAGGGACUGGAGGCCGACAAAGCUGGUAGCGUUGUCCGCAUGGUACCCUGGACGGGAUCGGACGACCUCGAGGGCUCACAUUUUUGGGGGUUCUCGGAGAAGUAA